AAAAAUCCUAUUGGCAUUGCGGAGGUAGGGAGCCAGCCCCUGGGCGCGGCCUGCAGGGUGCCGGCAACCGCCCGGGGAAGCGGGGGCAGGACGAGGCCGGAGCCCGUGUCCGCCCGCCCGGCAGCCGCCCGCAGCUGCAGAGAGCCCCGCCGCGCCCCCGCUCCGUGCGCCCUCCUCGGCCGGCAGACCCGCGCUGCGCUCCGCCGCUGACAUGUGUGCCGCCCAGAUGCCGCCCCUGGCGCACAUCUUCCGAGGGACGUUCGUCCACUCCACCUGGGCCUGCCCCAUGGAGGUGCUGCGGGACCACCUCCUCGGCGUGAGCGACAGCGGCAAAAUAGUGUUUUUAGAAGAAGCAUCUCAACAAGAAAAACUGGCCAAAGAAUGGUGCUUCAAGCCGUGUGAAAUAAGAGAACUGAGCCACCAUGAGUUCUUCAUGCCUGGGCUGGUUGAUACACACAUCCAUGCCUCUCAGUAUUCCUUUUCUGGAAGUAGUGUAGACCUGCCACUCUUGGAUUGGCUGACCAAGUACACAUUUCCUACAGAACACAGAUUCCAGAACAUCGACACUGCGGAAGAAGUAUAUACCAGAGUUGUCAGGAGAACACUAAAGAAUGGAACAACCACAGCUUGUUACUUUGGAACAAUUCACACUGAUUCAUCUCUGCUCCUUGCUGAAAUUACAGAUAAGUUUGGACAGCGGGCAUUUGUGGGCAAAGUUUGCAUGGAUUUGAAUGACAGUUUUUCAGAAUACAAGGAGACCACUGAGGAAUCGAUCAAGGAAACCGAGAGAUUUGUGUCAGAAAUGCUUCAAAGGAACUAUUCUAGAGUGAAGCCCAUAGUGACACCACGUUUUCCCCUCUCCUGCUCUGAGACUCUGAUGGGUGAACUCGGCAACAUUGCUAAAACCCGUGAUUUGCACAUUCAGAGCCAUAUAAGUGAAAAUCGUGAUGAAGUUGAAGCUGUGAAAAACUUAUACCCCAAUUAUAAAAACUACACAGAUGUGUAUGAUAAAAACAAUCUUUUGACAAAUAAGACAGUGAUGGCACAUGGCUGCUACCUCUCCGCAGAAGAACUGAACAUAUUUCACGAACGAGGAGCGUCCAUCGCACAUUGUCCCAAUUCGAAUUUAUCGCUCAGCAGCGGCUUUCUAAAUGUGCUAGAAGUCCUGAAACAUGAAGUCAAGAUAGGGCUGGGUACAGACGUGGCUGGUGGCUAUUCAUAUUCCAUGCUUGAUGCAAUCAGAAGAGCAGUGAUGGUUUCCAAUAUCCUUUUAGUUAAUAAGGUAAAUGAGAAAAGCCUCACCCUCAAAGAAGUCUUCAGACUAGCUACUCUUGGAGGAAGCCAAGCCCUGGGGCUGGAUAGUGAGAUCGGAAACUUUGAAGUGGGCAAGGAAUUUGAUGCCCUCCUGAUCAACCCCAAAGCAUCUGACUCUCCCAUUGACCUGUUUUAUGGGGAUUUUUUUGGUGAUAUUUCUGAGGCUGUUAUCCAGAAGUUCCUCUAUUUAGGAAAGAAACAAUUAACUUACCAGCCUCCUCACUCCACCCCCCACCGUUUCCCUCAUGUUCCAUGGUAUUUUCAACAGAACAGACUCUGAAAGGUAAAAACCAUUCAAAAGUAUCGAUUAUCAUAAAUUCACAAAAUAUUUUUGUAACCAGAAUGCAAAAGCAGGCUAAUCAGCUAAGGUAAAUUUCAUUUUCAAAUGAGAGGGAAACAUGGGAAGUAGAAGAUUAGGAUGUGAAAGGUUGUCCUAAACAGACCAAGGAGACUGUUUCCUAGUUGAAUUAUCAGACUGCAAGAGGAGAUCUUGGAACAAGCUCCCUUCAUGCUAGGGGUCUUUCUAAGUUAGUGCUGUGAGCAUUGAGCCCCCCCAUUGAAACUCGUUUUACUUCAGAAAGAAUUCUACAGGUUAAAGGGAAAGAAAUGGCAGGAAACUCUCCCCAUUAUGCUUAGCCGACUUUGAAGUGUGCCCUCCAAUAUCUCUGUUGGCAACGGCAGCUGAGAUCUUAGAGAGGAAGCGUAACAGGUGUGAGAACUAGCAAUGCAUUUUGAAUUGUCAGUCCCUACCAGGCUCUUCUAUUUUUAAUCUUUUCACCUCAGAACCAGACAUAUGGAAAGCUUUAAAGGCAAGCUGGAAGGCACAUUGUAUCAGUUCUACCUUGUGCUAUACAUGGGAGAGACAGAGAUGCAAAAUUUGGAUGCUUCUGGAGCCUGUUGGACACCUUUUCAUUGUCCAUUUUUAAAGUUGAUGAUGAUGGCUGAAAACAUUCACAUGCUUAAAAGCAAUGCUGUGAGUUAUUAACAGGUAAACUAAGAAGUAUGUUAUGAGCAAUGACUUGAAAUUGUUUUUAAAUUGCAUGGGUUGCUAAGAA